AUGGACGCUGCUGAGGGACUGCAGCAGCACUUCAGCUCUUCAUCGCAGUCUCACCACAUCGUCGCUCACUUCAGACGUAGCUGGAAUGUGCCUCCUGUGGCUCCUCGCAGACGUUUUCCUGACAGGAUGGAUCAGGUUUCUAAUGUUUCCACAGUGAGAGUUUUUCAUUUGGCAGCCUUCAAUGAGACGCUGAAUCACAGGAUCACCAUCUUCUGUCUGUCUCUGCUGUGUUACAGCGUCAUUCUGCUGGUGAAUGUCUCACUCAUCGUGACCAUUGUCUUGGAUGAAAACCUGCACGAGCCCAUGUACAUUUUGUUAUGCGUCUGCUGCAUCAAUGCACUUUACGGGACGACGGGUUUCUACCCGAAGUUCCUCGCUGACCUCCUGUCGUCGGCUCAGGUCAUCUCUUACGGCGGAUGUCUUUGUCAGGCGUUCGUCAUGUACUCGUUUGUUUGCAGCGACACGUCCAUUCUUGCGGUCAUGGCUUACGACCGGUACCUGGCCAUAUGCCGGCCGCUGCGGUACAGCUCCGUGAUGACGAGGAAGAGGAUCUCCGAGCUGGUGCUCUUCUCUUGGUUAACGCCUUUCUGCGUUUUCUCCGUGAACAUCCUGCUGACGAGCCGACUGACGUUCUGUGACGCGGACAUUCAGAGACUCUUCUGUGUGAACUGGCUCAUUGUCGAACUGGCCUGUCCCGACAUGGACACUGUUGUAAAUAAUGCAUUUGCGUUUGCUACGUUGUCUAUUUAUAUCUGUCACUGGCUGUUUGUGGUGUGGACUUACGUUUAUCUCGUUCAGACGUGCUUGCACUCCAAAGAGGACAGAGCAAAGUUUAUGCAAACGUGUUUGCCUAAUUUAAUCUCUUUGGUCACCUUCUUUGUCAUUGUGGUGUCUGACAUAAUGCACAUGCGAUAUGCCUCCGAGGAUUUGCCUCAGGGCUUUCAUAACUUCGUCGCUCUGGCUGUUCUGGUUGUUCCUCCGGUUCUGAAUCCUUUAUUAUACGGAUUCAAAAUGACCAAAAUACGCAACAGCAUUUUUGUUUUGGUUCAUGUGAGGUGGAAAUGA